AACCUCCGACCAUGUACCGAAAAUAUACCGAAGGUGACCGUAAAGGAUUCGCUACCUUUACGACAAUCUCCGAAAACCAGAUUUGUAGAGGUUUUGUUAGAAAAUAUUUGCUUUCCUUGAUUUCUCCACUAACUUUCUUCAAAGGCGUAAAAAUGAACCAAGACUUAGCUCGUGAGAGAUCAAAAGCGUCUUUCAAUGUCGAAGAGCUUACGAAUCUCCUGGACGAAGGACCGGCUAGAACUGCUCGACGCCGAUAUCUCGAAAGCAUCAUCAUUAAUGAUCCAGAAUUUGACAAUGCAGACAAUUUUUUUGAUAGUCGAGAGGAAUCCUAUGAAAGAUCCUUAAAGAGAGGGUUACAAUUUUUGGAUGUCCAAAGGAAGCAUAACAUAGUUGAUCCUGAGGAAAUUGAAAUUUUGAAAAGGUCUAUUGGAUCGGCAUUACCCAGUAGUUUGAAUGAUACUAUGUUUAUUCCUGCAAUUAAGAAUAUUGGAACAAAGGAACAAAUUGACAAGUGGUUACCGCUGGCAGAACAUAACAGUAUUGUUGGUACAUAUGCACAGACAGAACUUGGACAUGGAACCAAUGUCAGAGGACUAGAAACAACAGCUACAUAUGACAAGAGAACACAGGAGUUUGUUAUGCACAGUCCUUCUCUCACUGCUUGCAAGUGGUGGCCUGGUUGCUUGGGCCAUUCAUCCACGCAUGCUAUAACUGUUGCGAGGUUGAUCAUAGACAGUCAAGAUCAUGGAAUACACUUCUUUAUUGUGCCACUGAGAGAUAUGAAGACACAUAAGCCUCUUCCAGGCAUAAAAAUUGGAGAUAUAGGUCCGAAACUUUCACUUUUCUUCAAUGGGACAGAUAAUGGUUACCUUUUGCUUGAUCAUGUCCGUAUACCAAGAGAAAAUAUGCUGAUGGGAGCAGCCAAGGUAUCUCUAGAUGGGAAGUUCACUGAACCUAAGAACUCCAAAAUUCUUUAUGGAACAAUGAUGUAUGUGAGAGCAGCCAUUCCUUCAGAUACCUUCAACCUAUUGUCAAGAGCUGUUACUAUAGCAAUACGCUACAGUGCUGUCAGAAGGCAAAGUGAACUAAAGGAAGGAGAAGGUGAACUUCAAGUAAUAGACUUCAAAACUCAACAGUACAGGUUGUUGCCUGCAUUAGCCACUUCAUAUGCCUUCAAGUUUGCUGCUGUUCGAGUGUUGAGAGAAUAUUACACAUUGAAAAAUAAGAUGUCAGUAGGGGAUUUUUCAAGUCUUCCUGAGAUGCAUUCCAUCACUAGCAGUUUAAAGGCAUUUAUUACUGGACAGGGCCUUAAGUAUUCAGAGAAUUGUCGACUUUGUUGUGGAGGGCAUGGAUACUCUGUUUUUAGUAUGUUGCCUGACAUCUACAUGUUGAUUAAUGCUUCUUGUACUUAUGAAGGAGAUAAUGUCGUGCUUUUCCUUCAAGUUGCGAGGUAUCUGUUGAAGUGUGUGAAUUCAGCCCGAUCUGGCAAAGACCUACCUUCUACAGUAUCGUAUCUCAAUGACCAUGAUAAUGGUAUGGCCAGUAACGCCACUACAACAGAACAGUUUUUAGACCCAAGUGUUCAAUUAAAACUCUACAGUAACAGAUCAAAAAGAAUGAUCACCACUGUAGCAGAGAAGAUGCACGCUAAAGUGAUGAACGGAAUGGACCCAAUGGACGCCUGGAAUGCAUUUUCUGCGGACCUUCUACAGUGCGCCAUUGCCCAUAGUCACUACCUGACAGUGCUGUAUUAUACAGAUUUUCUUCGAACUGGUCUGGCCAACGUCAGCCGACCAAUAGCUCGAGUCCUUAAACUCAUGUCAGACAUUUAUGCUCUGCAUGGAAUAGUAGAGAACUCCGGUAGCUUUUUAGAGAACGGCGUGUUGAAUGUAAAGCAAGUGGCUUUGAUAAGAGAGCAGCUGAAUUUACUUCUGGAGCAACUCAGACCUGAUGCUGUUCCACUAGUAGAUGCCUUUGACUACUCUGAUCGUCACCUCAACUCUGCCCUGGGCAGAUACGAUGGGAAUGUCUAUCAACAGCUCUUCGACUGGGCACAGAGAUCACAGCUAAACAGACAACCUGUUCUUCCAGCGUAUGACAAGUAUCUUAAACCCUUGCUACAGAAAGGGAAGGCCAAGUUGUAGAAAUCUGUCACAAGAUCUAAUUUUUAAACAAUCUUUAAAAAUAUAUAUUUUGAUGCAAUUUCGCAUUCUUUCAGAUCGAUCUUGGUAUCUUGUUUCUGAAAGCCAGGAACUUUGAUCGAUUAGAAAAGAAAAUAUAACCAUUUUUAUAUUUGGGGGCGGAACAAAUUCAUUAUGAAUACCGGCAGGGCCGUGUUGGAUAUUUUCAACCAAACUUGAUCAAAAUGAAUUGUGAAAACGAUGUCUGUGCAAGCAAUAAAAAUCUGUUUUUAUCAUC